UCGCGCGAAAAUUGGAAACCAGUCUUGAAAAAUGCAUCGCUACGUUGUAUUUUGUGUAAUAGUGUGGUUGAAAUUAUUUGCGGUGCAGUCAUUUAAUUUAGCCCCUAAGCCAAAUUUGAUUAUACGCGAAACGGUAGUAGAUGAAAUCAAUAAAAUUAAUGCAAAUGACCAGCAUAGUUCAUAUUUCGGUUAUACGAUCGUACUCCGUGAAAAAAGUGUUAUCAUUGGUGCACCACGAGCGCGAACUGUUGAAGCUUAUCGUGAACGUAGAGAAACUGGUGGCAUUUACAAAUACGAAUUUGAUAACAAAACAUUAAAAAAAAUCGAUUUCCAAAAUGAAAUGCCCUCUCAGACCUUCGCUUCGUUGCAAUUGAACAGCACUCAGCAGUGGUUAGGUGGAGCCAUGGACGAACAAGAGGCAACCACAGCGGCACUGAGAGUCCUAAACAGCUCCGAGCUGAAAAUCGGAAAUAUGACGGGUCAUAUUAAGGUCCUAAUGAAGUUCGCUAAUGAUUCCAUAUUAGAGAUGCGUGAUGCCGUAGAAAUUUCUUUGUAUGCAGGGUUCCCACACACCGAACCUAUAUGA